CAACGCGCUAUGCCCUGGCGAGCGAUCUUGGGUUCGAUCCCAUGUCAUCCAUUCGAUUAUUUUUUAAAAAAAAGCAAAAAUUUCUGUCUCUUCAUCUUCCUUGGCCAAAGACCCUGCCAUCGUGGAUUUCUUGCUGGUCGCCGCCUUUCAGCCAAUGAGGACCGAGCCACACCGAGAUUUCCCACUGUCCUCAGCUCCAUCGACAAGACCACGGUGGUCUGCGUGUAGGUGGAUUUCAUCCAGGUUUUCCUCAGGCAGUAGGAGCCAGCGGGACCCAAGACGCCGCCAUGGCUGCGAUGGCGGUUUCGCAACGGUGCUGUGUCGUUUACAGCGUUCAGGUUUGUGACCCGAGUGGUCAAGAUCCCGCCGGAGAGCAUCACACGCAUCAAGGACGCGACGGGGCAGAUCUGCUCCACCUUCGAUGCUGUCACAACGGUGGUGUUCAAGUGCUGCGUGCUGGACAUGGUGCUCCCCGACGACGCCGAGGUCCAGGUCGGCUUCACUGCCAGCAUGCGGUGCACCUCCUCCAUGGCGUGCUGAUCCGUGAGGCAUCACUUCAGGAGGUGGCCAGCGGGAUGCGGGAGGCCAAGGAGGCGCUCACCUCCAGAUUAACAGGACUUCUGUUUGGCCAUUCGACAUCUCCUGCAAAGGUGAUUGUAAUUGUCAUAGUGUGGAGCAAAGGAGCACUUGAGGAGUGAAUGCAAAUAAUUUCUUGAUCAUGAAUGAAUACAUGAGUGCGCAUCCCCUUGCAUGUUCAAGUGCAAAGGAAAUGCCUAAUCAAAUACCCAUUGUUUGCAACAUUCAGCAAGCUUUAUGCUGAAUUUUGCAAAAAAAAAAAAAUAGCAUCAAUGGUAUCUCCCCUUUCUAAAGACAUGUUUGUGCCAUUCCAAAGUUUCAGCAAGCUUUAUGCAGAUAUGACAUCAAGGACAUCUCCCGUUUCUGAACGGGAUAAUUGUUUUUGGUGAUUUAAAUCUUCAUCAUCCAGUUCAUUUGAACUUGGAGCUUUAUGCAAGAGAGUUGCCUUCUUAUGGCUGCAGGUAGAGAUAAUAAGCUUGAAGCAUGGUUUUGUCUGCAGAAGAGAUUCAACACCUCCAGCUUCAUUCUUCCGGUCAGUUACGUGGGAGGAAAUUGAGUAGGUGUUGCCAAAUUAAUUCUAGCCGAUUGCGGCCAAAGCACGAUAAACUGAUGUAAAGCUUUGUUCUGAAUGCUAUGUCUCGACGGCAGACCCUCGUGACUGUGCUGCAAAUGCUUCAUCUUUAUUGAGUUUUUGUGAUGGAUGUACAA